AUGUCAAGUAAAUCAUGUCAACUGGAUCCUAUACCAGCUUCUGGUUUUAAAAAGUGUGGUCAUCUAUUACUUCCUGUGAUAACAGACAUUGCUAAUCUUUCUCUGCAUCAUGCAUUGGUCCCACCCAGUUUGAAAAUGGCACUUCUGCUACCAUCUAUGAAGAAACCGUGUCUGGAUCAUGAAGAAUUCUCAAGCUUUCGACCAGUUUCCAAUUUGAAAUUUUUGUCAAAGGCUGUUGAAAAAGUUGUUGCGUCCCAAGUUGAUACUUAUAUUAGGGAUAAUAACUUGUAUGAAGUGUAUCAAUCAGCCUAUAAAAAGUAUCAUAGCACUGAAACUGCUUCAGUUAAAGUUCAAAAUGAUAUUCUCCUGGCAUUAGACAAUCGGUCAUCGGUAAUACUUUUGUUAUUGGAUUUGUCGGCUGCCUUUGACACGAUUGAUCAUCAAAUAUUACUUUCCCGAUUGGAAAAAAGGUUUGGUUUCAACGGUAAAGUCUUGGAAUGGUCUUCAUCAUAUCUAUCUGAUCGCAGAGAGUUUGUUAAGGUGGAAGGACAAACCUCAAAUAGUUAUGACUUGAAAUAUGGUGUUCCGCAGGG